AUGGGUAGCAUCAGCAGCAAUGAUCAGAUCGAAUAUCUCUUUCAUCACCUGUUCCUGCCUCCAAAGUUACCAGGCGGUGAUGAUAUGAGUGCCCCGAAUACUAUCUUCCUGGCGAAUUUUGUGCUGCAGACUCUGCAGCGCUUUGCUAUCGAGUUGGGAGAGAAGGACACGACGCUCGUCCAGCCUGUCAUUUCUAUGUUGCAAACUAUGCCAGUUGUGACGGGCCCGAAGGGACUUGACCACGUUGGCGUUCAGAAGGCUCUGCAAUGCCUUUCCUUUGACAACCCUGUCGCUCUUUUCCAUAUCGCUGCACAGAACGCAGGCUUGCUUAUUCGUAAAUCGAGCAACUCAUUCUGCUUCGAAACUUUUGAGCUGUCUCCUACCAAUGCAGCCGUCAUGGCCACUAAGGGUCGUCUGAUUCGUCAGUUUCCAGACACUGCAACGGAGAUAGCUUCAGAGGAUUUUGAGAACCAGGCAUUUCAGGAAGUCCUGGCCAAUACGCUUGUUAAAAUGUCCCACCAGAGGGUUUCUGAAGCUCAGCCCAAGGCCAGAAAAGCCGGAAAAGAUCAUCAUGAGGACCGAGAGACAACAGGUCCACGAAUCGUCACUGAGCUACUGACGAGUAUCCUCAGAGGUAUCGGAAAAUUGGCCAAGGUUAACGGCAUCUGCAAAAAUACUCGCGAAGAAAUCAGUUACAGCAGCAGUAACCUUCCAUGGAGAAGAUCUCCCGUCUGGCUCCUCAUCCGCGUCGGUCUACAGCUCACCAUGAGCCGCCUAUCAGGUGGAUCAGAUGAUAUCUAUAAACGAUUCAUGGUCUACCUGAUGGCGCAGGUGCUCCUUCGAGCAAACCAAGCCCUUGCUCCCAGCGAGAUGCUUCACAUCAUGAUGACUAAGAUCUCAUGCCGCCUCUGCAAGCUUGAAGGGCUGCGCAACGACAAGUGGCUUUCGACUGUCCGUGAUGUUGUUUCAGCAGCUUCGAAAAAUCUGAAGGAGAGAUGGGAACGAAUCUGUAAUCAUUCGGAGAAGCAGCUGGACAUCGCAUCCUUAUCUUUAAUUAAGAUGAAGGACCACCUCUUAUUCUCCAUUCCAGAGAUUGACAACUUCCUUGCAUCCAUUUCGCACCGCGGCAGUAAUAAUGACACCUCAACUUUCAGUCCGAUUGCCCACGUCUCAUGCUUGAAUGCCGAUAGCCUUCCAGUGGUUCGCACACCAAGUGAUGAUUCCUACGUCCAGUUCAAUCUCGCAAUGAUAGAGUCGUGGGUUCAAUACAACCUCAACCAAUGGAUCGAAAAGCAUCUUCAUGAGGAAUCAGUCUGCGCAUCACUUAAAGUCCUGCUUGAAAGCUAUCAUUCGGCUGCAAGAGCUUGUUACUCAACCCGCCCAGAAGCUGCAUCACGAAUGCUUCUGACGAUCGGCGAGAUCUGGAUAGCUACCGACAAAGCUACAUUGCAUAACUACCCCAUGCUCAGGGAAUACGAUGCCGAAGUACCCACUGAGAUCUGGCAAGCACUUUUGUUACAGUCAAAGGCAGAUAUGAUAAGACUCCAGCGUCUUGAAACAUAUCUCAUGGACCGCAAAAGGACACCAAGUAAGCCGUCCGUGUUCCGCUCUUUUGGCGACAGCAUGUCUUUUCCCGUGCGAUAUUUCCAACAGUCGCCAAUACUUCAAAGUAAGAAGGUUUCAAUCGAGGAGAGGGCUGAGUUGGAUAAACAAGCCAAGAUCAAGGAGUUCAAUCACCUCAAAGACAGAUACAACGACUUGAUGCAACAGUAUAACACCACAACAUGCCGAGAGAUUUAUCAAACCGUACUAGGCGUCAGGUAUCCGAUACAUGACCCCUGCUGCCACCGAUGUUCUUUGGCGGAUCAAGCGAGUAGUCUGCAGAUAAUGGUUCACGAGUGGCCGUUACCCACCAAGACUCUCGAAGCUCAGGCUACAGUCUUUGAACUCGGGAUCCCCCACCAAUUUGCAGAGUGGCGUGAUGUCACGUUUUAUUUCAUCCAUGAUGUGCUUUCUUUCAAAUCUUUUGGGGAACGCCCUGAUUCAUCUUAUCCGUUGGACUCGUACAGCGGUCUCUCCCCCUGGUACAACUCCGACAUGAGCCGAGUGCAUCUUCUAUCGGGAGCAAAGCCUCAUCUUCAAACUCAUCGCCGUCAUAAAUACAUCGCAGUCAGCGAAGUAUCCGAUGUCUACCUCGACAAUGGUCUAGUCUAUCGUUAUUUCGAUCGCGCCAGUGGCAGUUUCAUUUCCCCAUUCACCCAGUCAAUGGCCGUCUCUAACUUGUGUACGUUCAAACUUCCCGAGCGCGCUCAGGCCUUGCAACCUUUUCUCGUCCGCUCCUGGCUCCAGCCGGAUGGAGAGACUCCCAACCAGGUGAUAGCAAGUCAAUCUAAAUGCCCUAGAUACAUGACUUUAGGGGAAUACAAAGCCUUGACUAUCUUACCGUAUGGAUACCGUCUUCCGUGGAUGAGCAUAUUGACACAACUCGCUAUGCCCACGCUUGACUUCAACCAGGACGAGACAGCAAUCUUCUUACUUCAAGUGAGCCUGCAAGCUGGGCCAAUGUUGGCUUCUGAGGCCACUCGGGAAGCUCACACACGUCUCACUGACGUGGAGUUUGGUUGUCGGCUGUUGGAGACCCUCUCGCAGGCAGUUUCAAGGAUCGAAAAGAAUUGGGAGUCCCAUACGGCCUUGUGCUCUUUCACACUGUUGACAAUUCGGUUUCUGUCUCUGGCCAGCCCACAGCUGUCUCAGGAUAUCUUGGGGCUUUUAUGUCAUUGUCGCAGUAUCUCAUACCAGUGGUUAACGACUUUGAUCAGGAAAAUCCAGGAUACGGUUGAUGAUAUGCAAAGGAGGGAGCUUUUGGAGUCGGCCCUCAAUGUUGCUAUGAUAUGUGUACAAACGUUUCACGUUGACGAUAACCAGUUGGAGAAGAUCCUCAGAGACUCACAGCAGGCGUCUCUCCUGGUUGAAUCCUCUAUCAUCAUCCAAAACACCACUCUUGCCAACAACGAGACCCAAAGCCCAUUUCAAAGCAUCAUGGAGGACAGAACCAAAUACACUUUGCACCGCACACAGCGAUUCCUUGUCAACGAGGUCAUCUAUCGCGGCAAUUGGUGCCUCGAUCUGGCUAUAAAGCGAAGCUGGCCAGACUUCUCUCGUACCACAGAGUGGUCCACAGCCUCUUCUACAUGUUAUUGGCUUGAAACAAACUCUGGACGAAGACAAGUCCACCUUAACCUUCUGACGGGCGAACUACUGGUCAAUGGCGCCCCAUUAACUCGUCUACCUCGUGACUAUAAUAUGCACGAAGAUUAUGGGAGACUUUUUGGAUCCAUGAUCUUGGAUGUCAUGCCAAGUGAUGCACCAGGCAUGCGGUUCAGCGCAACCCGAGAUUUGCAAGACUAUACAGUUCACUUUGGCAUGCAAGAACAAGACCUUCUAGUGCAAUUACACAAACCUGGAUCAACGUUGGAUCUGAUUCCGUCCAGAUUGCUGAAAGGAACAGUCCCUUAUCAGUUUUCUGACAAUUUUUCUCAUUGGUACCAUCGCGAAACAAAAAGCAUAGAAUUCUGCAAAAUUCACAAGUCUUGGGCUUUGGAUGAUCAGAGAAACUGGCGCUUUAUACGAGAUGAGGGCCAUUGGAAACUGGGCCGUCAUGGUGGUACUUUUCUUGUUGCCCCCUCAAGCGAGUUGGCUACGCAAAUCGCAGAGAUCUUCAACCCUCUUGAAGCACCAUUGGGACUUCAUUUGGUUUACAGCACUGCCAAGUCGGAUACCGAGAUCCAAAUUCCAAGUCUGAGACUAGAGUUUCUUCUCAGAUCGGGGGAGUCAUUCAUCGAAUCCCGUCAGUUCCGUGACAUGCACGUUGAUCCGAAUCAAUCUAUAGGAACACUCAUGGGACUCAAAAGCAAACUCGUCUUAUCCAGCAGCAGGGAACCACCUAGCAGAACGAUCCUCAUACCCGAAGGCGAUGUUCAACAUGAGAUGCAUACAUUCAACCAUAUUGACAAACACACGAUGGUCAGGGUGGUCCAUGGUAGCGCACGUCGUGUACAGGCUUACAAGCUCGACGGCCUCCUUGGUCGACUUGUAGGUAGCACCAAGACUGAGAGCAAGCUCUACCUGGCAUACCUCCACGGCCUCACCUCGUUCUGUCUCCCGGACCCCUUCAUCGGGCGAACAGGAACUGAAGAAGCUUUGGAUAUAUUGCGAUCUGCUAUUGUCCGCGUUACCAGCAUCUUGACGGAAACUUCGUAUGGUAUCCUACACUCAAUCUCCACCUUAUCACCAAAGCGUUCCUUCUAUCCAAGGAAUGAAAAAGUUAUGCAAGUCGUCGGGUGGUCUUCCAGGUUGAGUUAUGUAUCCCAGGACGAUCGCUUCUACAGAGCCGUAUGCAAUUUACUUGCUGGGUCUCGUGAGAUCAGUUUUCUUCAUCCCAAGCGCGAAGUACCAGACUCUCCAGACUUCUCCUCAGUUCAUCUGGUUGAAAGGGCAAUUAACAGGGCUUCCCGGGGACACGUUGCUGGCUUCGGUGCCGAAGAGUUUACGACUCAGCACGAUGUCAGGUAUAACGCGAGGACUCAAGAAAUACCGUCAGAUCGAGGCAUCCGCGCUCAAGAGAUCGCUUACCGUAUUUACCACUCUCAGUGUUACAUUAUCGAGACAGUCGAUCCUUCUUUUGCUCAGGUCUUCUAUCAACUUCUCAGUUCGAGCAAAGUUUUCAACUCAAGUCAAAUACCACCCAAGAGCAUGAUGCAAUACGACUCGAAGUGGUUCCAAAAGCCAGAGAGCUUUCUUGCGUCAGACUGGUGUAAGAUACACUAUGCUUUCCACAGGAAGCAAGACUGGUUGAACAAAUUCGAACUGAUGGCUUGGAUGGCGACAGUGUCAUAUUCAAGUCACCACAACCCCCAAAUAACUCAGGCAUUAUUGAUGAUAGCCCAGUGCUCUUCAGUCCUCGAGGUACCUUUGCCGGAAGAAUAUUUGUAUGAUCUUUCAGAAGGAUGCACUGCUAUUGCCAAAGAGGUAAGGAGGUUAACAGAAAAUGAAGUCUAUCCUAUUGCCUCAUGUCCAGAAGCGUCACUCCCCUAUUCGCGAGGUGAAUCUCCCCAGCAGCUAGUAAAAAGACGCGAGAGGCGUUUCAAAGAAAACAAAAGACAUGUAGUUGAUACUUUUGUUGACCGUAUCAUCUCUCAGUGGCCUUGCCCGGCCCUGCGUACCCCGUCGGAGGGUACGGUCGACACUUACCUGAGAUGUAAGAAUGUGAUGGCGAGCUUGUAUCCCAAAUGGGAUUCGUGGUAUAUGAAUUGGAAGUUCAAGGAGUAUCUUCAAGAGAUCUCUGAUCGCCUAAGAGAGGUGCCAGUAAGAGGUCUAAAACUCGAGCCCCAACCCGAGAGGGUUACGAUUUCCCCACCGAGUCGGCGUACUGGAUUUAUAUCCAUCGAGGACUUGUUUUACACUGCAGUUCCACAGUCUACUUUUGGCCAGAUACCAAAGCCAGAUGUUUUGCUUCGAAUGACAAAGACGGACUCGAGGACUGUGAAAAAGCUGACCGAGGUCAUCAUCAGCCUCGAGAUUCAGGCAAAGUUGCCGUACGAGCAUCGCUAUCUGAACGAUCUGCGUCAAAGUCUCUUAAAUUUGAGCAAGCGGCACGACCAAGAACUAGAUUUAGACCAGCGUGCAAUCCUUCAUCCCCUGUUCAAACAAAACCUGGAGGAUUGCACGAAACACGCAAAGACGGUUUAUCAGUAUCUAUCACGAGCAAUCAUUGACAUCUUGACGCGAAAGCCUGGUGUCCAAGUGCUGGAAUCGGUGAAGCUUAUUCUCGAAGAUUCGAGCUACCUUCCUAGAGUUACACCGCUUCUAUUACUACAACAACUUCGGUCAUCACGUUUUUCUUGUCUGCCCGAAAGAUGGAAAGUGGCUAUUAUAGAGUACGCGACUGCCAUCUCUGCUACUCAGCGGGCCAAACGACUGGUACGGUUUGAAUCUAACCCUAUGUAUCUUCUCCGCGAGGUCCAGAACCCUGGGCAUGAGGCGUGGGAAGCCUGGGAUCACCCUGAGUGGUUGCUACUGGAAUGCGAGAGCGAGAUCAUGAUACGAAACGUGCAACAGCAAAUCGCCCAGAAGAUGAUCAACCCUCCAAAGGGCGAAAAUGCAGUUAUGCAGCUGAACAUGGGUGAGGGCAAAUCUACUGUUAUCGUCCCAAUGGUCGCUACGGCUCUUGCGGAUGGUUCAAAGAUAAUUCGUGUCAUCGUUGCCAAACCUCAAGCAAAGCAGAUGCAUCGGAUGCUUGUUUCAAAACUGUCUGGUCUACUCGAUCGCCCAGUUUACCUACUACCAUUCUCCAGAGACAUUCGUAUGAACACGCAACGAGCAGAAGCAAUUCAUCGAUUAGUCACAAGAUGCAGGAAUGAAGGUGGUGUCCUGAUGGUUCAGCCGGAACAUUUGCUGUCCUUGCAGCUGAUGGAGCUAGAAUGCCACCUCAGCAGUAACAAAGAAGCUGCAGAACGAUUGACUUCAAUCCGAGAACUAUUCGACCAUGGGUCUCGAGAUAUAGUUGAUGAAAGCGACGAGAACUUCAGUGCCAAAUUUGAGCUUAUAUACACGCUGGGGCACCAGUGCUCAAUCGAAGAUAGCCCCAGCAGAUGGGUAGUCAUUCAAGAAGUGCUGGGGCUGGUUGCCCAAAUCGCUGGUGAAGCCAAAUCUGAGUUUUCGAAAUCACUCGAGUUUGAUGAUCGCAACAAUGGGCGAUAUCCCAUAGUACGCUUUCUACAAGCUGAUGCUGGCGAAGUAGUUCUCGAUCGUAUUGCCAACAGGAUUUGCAAGACCGGGAUGUGUGGAUUCCCGAUCUCAAACCAGCCUGAGAAAAUUCGGAGCGCUGUUUACCGCUACAUCACUCGAUGGAAGCUCAAGAAAGUAGACACUAAGCUGGUCGAGACCAGCUUGUUCUUUGACGGAGCAGCAAUCGGCCGCAUUCUACUUCUACGGGGUCUAUUUUCAGGUGGUAUCCUCGCUUUUGCUUUGGGCCAGAAGAGAUGGAGAGUAAACUAUGGAAUCGAUCCGCACCGUGAGACUGGGACCAAGUUGGCUGUUCCUUUUCGCGCUAAGGAUAGCCCAACGCCACGAUCAGAGUUCAGCCAUCCUGACGUCGUGAUUACCCUUACUUGCCUGAGUUACUACUACGGUGGCCUGGAUGAAGAAGCUCUAUUCUCUGCCUUUUCAAUUCUUACCAAAUCUGAUAAUGCCAGGGUGGAAUACCAUGAGUGGACCAGAACCGCUCCGAGCCUGCCAUCAUCGUUCAGAACCUUAGAAGGGGUCAAUUUGCGAGAUCGGGCCCAGUUCAAAAAAGAGAUAUAUCCCCACCUUUGCUUCUCUAAGUCGGCGAUCGAUUACUACCUGAGCCACCUGGUCUUCAGUAAGGAGGCGAAGGAGUUUCCGCAUAAAUUGUCGGCGUCAGGCUGGGAUCUAGCCAAGAUUAAAGACAAUCCUACCACUGGGUUUAGCGGGACCAAUGAUUCAAGAUAUGUUCUCCCUACGGAUAUCAUCCAACUAGACCUUCCGGAGCAGAAACACACCAAUGCGCUCGUCCUUAGCCAUCUCUUACAAUCACAAAAUGGGGUCGCUUUAGUGCCGCAGGAAGCCAAAGGUACCCCAUUCAACAGCCGGAUGCUUCUAGAUAUGAUAUCGGGAAUGAACACGCAGACACGUGUGAUCUUGGAUGUUGGCGCUCAGGUAAUUGACCUCACUAACCUAGAGUUUGCAAAACAGUGGCUGGCUCGUUAUCAGGAUGAUGACAACACCCAAGCAGUCGUCUGUUUCAAUGAAGAUGACGAGAUUAUUGUGCUCGAUCGUUCAGGCAAAGUUGAAGAACUUGAAACGUCACCAUUUGCUGAACAUAUGGAUCGAUGCCUUGUCUUUCUAGAUGAGUCGCAUACCAGAGGGACAGAUCUCAAGCUCCCCCCAAACUACCGCGCAGUAGUCACAUUGGGUGCCGGUUUAACAAAGGAUCGACUGGUUCAGGCUUGUAUGCGAAUGCGGAAACUCGGGAAAGGACAAAGCGUAGAGUUUUGCGUGCCGUGGGAGAUUGAGCAGAAGAUCAUCCGCUUAAAGCUUCAAGAAAAAGCUGCCAGACGUGGGAUCGCCAUAUCUGACGUUCUCAGUUGGGUCAUUACCGAAACGUGUCUCGAUCUGCGUAAAGCGAUUCCCCUAUGGCUCAAUCAGGGUGUUCGAUUCAGUAGACACCAAGUCUUCUGGUCAAAAAGAAAAGGCGAUGCUGUUUCCAGAUGGGCUGAGCAGUUUCUCGAGGAGGAAGCUCAGACCCUGGACCAACGCUAUCGUCCAAGAGCCAGCCGCAUUACCUUGGAUUCACUUUUGGACAAAGCUGGCGCCCUCAUGACUAACGAGCUCCGAGCCCGCUGCGAUGAGUUUGGAUUGACUGAACUUCAUACAGCAUCAUUACAAGAAGAGCAAGAGCGAGAGCUUUCCCCCGAAACAGAGCAAGAACGACAAGUUGAGAAACCACCUGCGGCAGAGCCAGAAACUCAUUUUGUUAGUCAAUCUCUGAAAGAUUGGAUACUGAAGGGUUCUUCCUCAAUCGAUAUCACUUUGUUCCAGGCUGAGCAUAAGCCAGCCUUCCAGACGCUGAACAACACAUCGGCAGCUCAAUAUUUCAACGUUCAAGCUUUUCCGAGUACUGUGCGUGCCACAUUGGAUUUUGCCAAGACAGUCAAAGGGACUUUCGGGGCCAGGAACUACUCAGACUGCUUUCAACGCCCCGUCCAAUGGAUCAUGACCAAUAAGUGUCAAGCCGAAUCAGUUUGCCUUGUGAUUAUAAGCCCAUUUGAGGCUCAAGAGCUACUACCACUGAUCGAAAGGUCUCAGCAUGUGACUCUCCACCUCUAUGCUCCCAGGGUAAACCUUGCCUUCCAGUCGCUCGAUCAUUUACAACUCUAUCGGUUAUCGGGAAAGCCCACGUUGGAUGCUACCCCAAGGAGUGUUGUCACGUUCCUGAACCUUUUUUCAGGACAACUCUACCUAUCGUCUUUUCAGGACUAUACCGAUGUUUGCGAUCUGCUUGGGCUGGCUUGGGAUGCUGCGGAUGAGUCUGUUAUCCUCGGUCCAGAUGGUUUUAUUCCUCCAGGCGUCAGAGGAAGUGUUGUCAAUAAGUCAGUAUUUUCGCAGAGCCCUGUUCAAUUCUUGCGACUACUUAUGGAAAAGAUCCGGCAGGAUUGUGGAUCAAUUGAGAAGACAGAUAUCGGUAAGAUCUUUGAAGGUAUGCGUCUGCUGGAGGAUGACUUCAAAGGAAGGAGUUAG